AUGUAUGCUUCCUCCGUCUCCCCCCCAUCCCACCACCCUUCGUCGUUCCCGGCCCGACUUCCGAGCCGGCAGGCCGGACCGCGGCUCCCAAACUGGCCGAGUUCGAUCCGAUCCGCCGCCUCGAGGAGACGCGCCUGCUGUUGGCAUUACAGCGGCGGCGGGCUGGUGGACCGGAGCAUGAUCGUGCUGAGGAAGAGGAUCCACGAGAUGAAGAUGGCGGAGAGCAAUUACGAGGCGCCGUCGGGAUGGAUGGACUGGGAGAAGAGGUACUACACCAGCUACCACGUCGACGUGUGCGAGAUCCUGUGCUUGUUGCAGACGCUGAUGAUGGGCACACGGCCGGGCGUGGCCAUCGGGAUGAUGGCCGUCCUCGUGUUGAGCGUGCCCACCUCUGCCAUGUUUAUAUCCUUCCAUCUGAUCGCGGCCGCGAACUCGAUCCUCGCCGGAACGCACCUCGGUUGAUCGAGGUUUUCGUGUUCGAUCUGUGUACUACCGAGUCUUCGUUUGACAAUUCUGUAGCAUAUUUUUAUUGUUUCAUCGUGCCAUGGAUACGAUCGAAUGCUUCAUCAAAUGCUAAUCGGUGGUCUCCCAACAACUAUUGCGGUAGCGCACACAGUUUCGACUGCAUCGGCUGUCUGGUUAUUUGGCUCUCGAGCGGCGCCGUAGCAUUCU